UCAGACCCGCAGCUAUGGAAUUCAUGGCACGUGCAGCAAUGGAUAGAAUGGGCAGUGCUGGAAUAUGGGCUUCGUGGAGUCGAUGCCACGAGAUUUAUCCAUUUAGAUGGAAGACAGUUAUGUCGUUUGUCACGCGAUGAGCUGUGUCGUCUGGUAGCGCCGUAUGAAGCAGACGUUCUUUUUACACAUUUAUCAUAUCUCAGACAA